AUGAGAAAAUCGCAGCCUUUCGUCGCCAUCCUUGCAAUUUUGUCGACACAGUCUUCAGCCUUUUCCCCCGGACCAAGGUCGUUGGCCUGUUCUCGUGCCUCUGCUGCCAAAUCUUGCUUGCAUGCUGCUGAACCUCAAGGUGGUGGUGGUCUUCCUGAAAUACCAUUUGUCACAAAGACAAUCGAUUCUGACAGAUCAAAUGACUUGAUGAUUGGAGAAGAUGCUGGAACCUUCAAUAUCAACAACGAAGAAUGGGGAAAACUAGGAGAACUAGGAUGGUUUACAUUUUCAGCAGCCGUGGGAACUAUCAUGACAGCUGUAAUCGUCCUAUGGGUGUAUCAUCCGACGGGAUACUCGGAUGAUUUCAUCUACGCUUUGGAGAAUAUCGCUGGAGGCAACCCACAUAUUGUUACACUCAUCUUUGGUAUUUUCUUUCCACUCGUCCACUCUGGUUUGGCAUCUUUGCGUCCCUUUGGAGAAAAGAUUGUUGGUGCCCGGAUGUGGAGGGUCAUUUUUGCAUUUCCAUCUUUAUGCCUUGCCUACAGUUGGAUCGCCUACUUUAUCGCCCACGCUCAUGACGGAAUCGAAUAUUAUGAUUUGAGCCACAAUCCAACGGCUCAUGCCAUAGCGUGGACCAUCAAUUUCUUGAGCUUCUUCUUUCUUUAUCCAUCGGUUUUUAAUCUCAAGGAGGUUGCUGCAGUAGAGAAGCCAACGCUUCACCUAUGGGAGACUGGGAUGAUCCGAAUCACACGACACCCACAAUUUGUCGGACAAAGCAUGUGGAGUGCUGCCCAUUUGGCAAUGGUAGGAACAUCUUUUACAGCCUUGACAAUGGCACUCCUAGUGGGACAUCACACUUUUGCCUGCUGGAAUGGAGACCGACGAUACUACGCAGAACACGGCGAGAAUUUCUUGAAAGUCAAGGAGCGAACAUCAAUCAUUCCAUUCCAAGCCAUCAUUGAAGGCCGCCAAGUCUUGCCAGACGACUAUUACAAGGAGCUCGUGCGAGGGCCCUAUCUCGUUAUUGCAAUUGGUACUUUAGGCGCUUACUUUGCUCAUCCGUACAUGCAGGCAGGCGCAGCUCUUGCCAAGAAUGCUGGGCUUUAUCCAGGAGGCAUCCUUGAUGGCUUGUUUUCAUAG